CCGCCCCCUCCCCACUCACGCGUUGUCGUUGUUGUUACCUUACUGUCAUACUUUUGCCACUUGACAACAUCAACAGUGUAAAGUUUUGUGCACUGUCCGGUCUUGCCAUUCUGAAAGACUAUGUGUGCAGCUGGUGACCAAUUAGAAAAGAAAUUAGGGCAACGAGUAGAGUACCAAGGAUAUUAUGGUACAGUCCGCUUUGUCGGCGAAUUAGCAGAACUUCCAGGUUCUUGGAUUGGAGUUGAAUGGGACGAUUCUGCUCGUGGAAAACAUGAUGGAUCACAUAAUGGAGUAUCAUAUUUCAAAACACGGCAUCCCAUGUCAGGAUCUUUUGUUCGCCCGGCCAAAUUGAACUUUGGGAUCUCAUGUGUUGAGGCCACCUGUCGUCGAUAUGGGAAAGUCGAGGGUCCAAUGGCUGGAGUAGACAAAAGUGUAAUAGCAGACCUGAAAAGGGAAUUUAACAUUCCUUUUAUUGAAAUGGUGGGUUUUGAAAAAGUUAACUCACAGCAAAGCCAAUUCGCUAAUCUCCGAGUUGUUCAUCUAAGAGGUGAACCAGUUAAUGGGGCAGGUGAAAAAAACGAACUUGUUUCAGUUUGCCCAUUAGUCACUGAAUUAAUUAUAUCAAAAACACUACUCUCCAGCUGGGAAACUGUGUGUGAUAUCACUGGACAGCUCAAAAAUCUUGCCUUACUGGAUGUUUCGGACAACAAAAUCCCUGUUCCAAGUGAAGAAAAGCUGGAGGAGUUUGCAGAAGCAUUCAAACCUCUCAGUCAUAUUAUCAUUAAUAAUCUUGAAUAUGAUUGGGAUGAGGUCCUCAUUUGUUCUAAAAUGUGGCUUUCUGUGAUCACAUUGUCUGCUCAAAGUAAUAAAAUACAUAAACUCAGCAGUCCACCCAUUUGUGUCCUCUCAAACCUGACAUCAUUAUACUUGCAAGAUAACCCUAUUAAGUAUUGGGAUAAUGUGAACAAACUUGGUAACCUCCAAAGCUUGCAGUUACUGCACCUCGGAGGAACAGGCCUCACAAAUAUUUUUUUCCCUGGUGAAGUCCAUACAAGCCUUUUUCCUUCUCUUAAAAUUCUUAAUCUACCUAACAAUGAAAUUAAUGAUUGGAACUCUGUGAAUGAACUGAAUAAGCUGAUUUUGUUGGAAAACCUUCUCUUGCAUUUGAAUCCUAUAAUGGAAACACCAAAAUCUUUUGAUACAGUUGUGGCCAGAGUCAAGAGCUUAAAGAAAUUAAAUCUUACAGUCAUAACUCCUCAGGAAAGGAAGGCAUCAGAAUUUGACUAUAUGAAACGUCAUGGACGUGAAUGGUUACUUGCCAUUAAUGACUCAGUCUUGUUACGAGACUUUUAUAGUCAACAUCCUCGUUUUUCAGAACUUAUCGAAAGUCAUGGUACUUUAACAGCAGAUGACUUUCCAAAUAUACCAACUUCUCUAAAGUCGCGUCUCAUCAAUAUUAAAAUCUUUUGCCCCAAUUGCCCUGAUAUUCAAGUAUUCCAAAAGCGAGUACCUAAAAAUAUGACAGUGCAGAAGUUGUCUGGUUUAGUUCAAAAGCUUAUAAAUACUGAGGGAUCAGUGCCUUCUUUACGAGCCAUAAGUGCCAAGGCUCCAGAUGUAGACGUUCUGCUUGAAAAAGACAUGCAAGAUUUAUCUUACUAUUCUAUUGAGGAUGGUGACAGCAUUGCAGUCAGCUGGUGAAAAAGACGGUGGUUUAUUGAUUUUCACUUCAAGUUACAACACAGGCUUCUCAAUUGAGAAGUUUUUUCUUUUAGUAAUUAUUUUGAACUAAUCUAUCAUUUACAUUUAUGAUCCAAAAUUUGAACACUGACAUUUGAGUAAUAUAACUACAUUAUUUAUUAACUUGGAAAAGAUUCAAAUAACAUCUAAGAUUUGAAACUCAAUCACAUCUGUGAUACUUGUAAAUAUUUUUAUACAUUAAAACUAAAAAUAAUUUAUUUAAAUUUGAA